AUGAAGAGCCUGGAAUCUGCGGAAAUGGUUGUCUCGCAGGCCAUGGACCAUUUUCGGUUCCUGCUGACCGAUGAGGCGGAGGGGUACAGGACUAGCGCCAGCCCAGAAGUGCAGGUCUUCAAUGCCAUCCCCCAGGAUGGCAUUGAUCUUAAGGACCUCCAGGAAGGCCUGGACAAAGUUGUGAGCGCAGCAGGCUUCAAACAGGCGAUGCAACUGAAAUGGAUCAAAUGUGACAAAUCUACUGGAUCAACAACUGUGCUGCGGCUGGCGGAGUUCGUGGAAGACAGGGUGCAAGCACUGCUGCAGUCUGUGGCUGAUGGUGAAGAUUUACCAAAGGCGGACAUUGACCUUCUGAAGAAACGGCGCCUAAUCAGACCACAAUCUUGGAAGACCUACAAACUGGUGAAGGGGCCUAAGUUUGCACUUGAAAAGAGGAAACCCGCGACAGAGCUGACACAUGAAAUGCUGAAGACGGGAGCAUGGAAAGACCUCGAAUUCAAGCCAUAUAAUUUCGAUGCCCUUGGCCAACUGCCAUUGGGAGGCCACCUCCACCCUCUCAUGAAGGUGCGCACACAGUUUCGCAAAAUCUUCACCCAGAUGGGCUUUGAAGAAAUGCCAUCCAAUCAGUACGUGGAGAGCAGCUUCUGGAAUUUCGAUGCACUUUUUCAACCGCAGCAGCACCCUGCAAGAGAUGCCCAUGACACGUUCUUCCUCACAAACCCAGCGACAUCAUCGAAUUUCCCACCUGAUUACAUGGAAAGGGUGAAAACGACCCAUGAAUCAGGCGGCUAUGGUUCAAGGGGAUAUGAAUACCAUUGGAAACUUGCAGAGGCAGAAAAGAAUGUGCUGAGGACUCACACAACUGCAGUGUCCUCCCGAAUGCUUUACAAGAUUGGCCAGGAAGGUUUCAGGCCAGUCAAGUAUUUCUCCAUUGAUCGGGUGUACCGCAAUGAAGCCAUCGAUCGUACACAUCUGGCUGAGUUUCACCAAAUCGAAGGCCUGGUUUGUGACAAGGGACUCUCCCUUGGUGACUUGAUUGGCACCUUGCACCAGUUCUUCACUAGACUGGGGCUGAAACAGAUACGCUUCAAGCCUGCAUACAAUCCAUACACAGAGCCGAGUAUGGAGAUUUUUAGGUGUGACGGAAGCCUAUUGGGGGUGGGAGCUUGCUGUUAUCUCGCUACUCUGAACAGCUGGGCAAAUGGAUCGAGGUUGGAAAUUCCGGCAUGUUCCGUCCUGAGAUGCUUCGGCCCAUGGGGCUGCCUGAGGAUGUCAGCGUCAUUGCCUGGGGCCUGA